UAUCCACGAGCGUGACGAACGGCUUGUUCGAAAAUACAACAAGGAAGUGGACGUUUAUUGUUAGGGGGGGAAAAUAAUCACCGGAUAAAAAACAUCUUGUCGGACCUGGGUGCCGCUGUGCUCUGCUGUUGGGUGCAGGAGGAGGAGGGGGUGAAGUCACCGUGGACUGUUUGGGAUCGUGUCGAGGGAUUCUGCUUUCACCCUGCUAGCUAGCGAUGAACACGGACGUGGAAUUUCACAUCAGGCAGAAUUAUCCGUGGAACAAGCUCCCAGCUAAUGUCAAGCAGAGUUUGGGGAACUCUCAGCGUGAGUAUGAGAAGCAUGUCCUGCUGUACAGCAUCCGCAACCAGCUGCGAUUCCGCAAUAACCUAGUGCGCCACGUGAGGAAGGAUGAGCGCAAGUAUUAUGAGGAGCUCCUGAAGUACAGCCGGGACCACCUGAUGCUGUACCCCUACCACCUGUCUGACAUCAUGGUCAAAGGGCUGCGAGUCACUCCGUUCUCCUAUUACAUAGGAAUCAUGGAGGAUAUUAUGAACAGCGAGAAGAGUUACGACUCCCUGCCCAACUUCACUGCUGCCGACUGUCUGCGGCUGCUCGGCAUCGGGAGAAACCAGUACAUCGACCUUAUGAACCAGUGCAGGUCUUCUAAAAAAUUCUUCCGCAGAAAGUCAGCGAGGGACCUUCUACCAGCCAAACCUGUGGAGAUCUCUGUGGAGCUGUGGUGGGUGGCACAAACAGGCUACAUCACAGAGGACGAUAUCAGGAUCUGUUCUCAAGCAGAGAAGAAAGCCAUCGAUAAGAUGAUCGAUUCUGGACCUCAGCUGUGUGGAUCAAUGGAGUACAAUGUGGUCUUAAGCUUGUACAACCGAGGCUUUAUUUAUUUGGACGUUCCCAUAUCUGAUGACAGCUGCAUUUCAGUGCCCCCGUUGGAAGGCUUCGUCAUGAACCGUGUGCAGGGCGAUUACUUUGAAACGCUUCUUUACAAAAUCUUCGUGUCCAUCGAUGAGCAGACAAAUGUGUCCGAGCUGGCGAACGUGUUGGAGAUUGACUUGGACUUAGUAAAGAAUGCAGUUUCCAUGUACUGUCGCCUCGGCUUCGCUGUAAAGAAAGGUCAGGUGUUGGGCUCUGAGCAGCUCCACCCCACCUGGAAGAAUGCCCCAUCUGUCAACAGGCUCAAGAGCACCAUGGACCCUCAGAAGAUGCUGCUGUCCUGGGAGCAGGGCAGUCCUGUCAUGGAGGGAGGCUCCUCAGCCACAGACACCGACACCACCAGUCUAGAAGAUCAAGCAGACACAGCCAGCGUCAGCAGCCUGAGCAUUCCAGUAGCACCCACCAAGAGGAUCGCCUUCCUCUUUGACUCCACUCUCACAGCCUUCCUGAUGAUGGGCAACCUUUCUCCGAACCUGAAGAGUCAUGCUGUGACCAUGUUUGAGGUGGGGAAGCUGUCUGAUGAGACUCUGGACAGCUUCCUGGCUGAGUUAGAGAAGGUGGAGAGCACAGCAGAGGGCGAGGCCCAGCGUUACUUUGACCACGCUCUGACCCUGAAAAACACCAUCCUUUUCCUGCGCUACAACAAAGAACUGACUCAGGAUCAGGGACCUGAUAUCCCAAAUAUAGGUUUCCCCUUGGACAUGUUGCGGUGUGAGAGCCUGCUUGGUUUGGACCAGGCUACCUGCAGCCGCGUCCUCAACAAGAACUACAAGCUGCUGGUCUCGAUGGCCCCGCUCAGCAACGAGAUCAGACCCAUCAGCAGCUGCACGCCUCAGCACAUCGGCCCGGCCAUCCCUGAGGUGAGCUCCAUCUGGUUCAAGCUUUACCUGUACCAAGUGACCGGCCAAGGCCCGCCCUCUCUGCUGCUCUCCAAAGGCUCCAGGCUUCGCAAACUGCCCGACAUAUUCCAGUUGUACGACCGGUUGCUGAUCACAUCCUGGGGUCAUGACCCCGGAGUCGUCCCAACAUCCAACGUGCUGACCAUGCUCAACGACGCCCUCACACACUCUGCUGUGCUUAUUCAGGGUCAUGGUAUGCAUGGCCAUGGAGAAACAGUUCACAUCCCAUUCCCCUUCGAUGAGGAAGACCUGAAAGGAGAGUUCUCCUACUCCAACAUGUGCUCACACAAGUCCCUGCAGAAGCUGAAGGAGCAGGUAGACCUGAAGCAUCAGUGUGGCUACAUCACCAUGCUCAACUCCAACAACAGGCACCGCCGCCGGGCCAGCGACACGGUUGAGUGCAGAGGGGACACACAUCUGGGUGGAGGCCUGGACACAAACGGCAGCACUGAGUCCUUCGAGCUGGUGACAGAAGAAAACAACGUGGAAGGCAAAGCAAAGACAGACGCACUUUCCUCUGAAGACGAGUGGGUCCCUCUCGAACUGUGCUUCGGCAUGCCUCUCUUCAGCUCCGAGCUCAACCGCAAAGUGUGUCGAAAAAUCGCCACGCAUAAAUUAUGCAGCAGCGAAAGCCUUCAAGAGCUUCUUCACUCGAGCAGAAAGCUAUCGUUGAAGGUGUUGAGCUUCGUUCAGUCAUUCCAGGACGGUAACCAGACCUGUGACAUGGACAGCGGUGUGUCGAACCCUCUCAGUCAGCCCCCCGCCGAGUCCGGUGUCCCUCUGCCCGCCAUCAACCUCCUCUUCAAGGAAGGGCAGCUGAAGGAGUGGAGCGGGCGGGCCCCCCCUCCUCUGGACAUCUCAGCUCUGCAGAAGGAUCAACCCACAUAAACGACAACCCCCCCCCCCCCCCUCCCCCCAACCAACUAAAAACACACAGAUUUUGUCAUGAGGAAAAAAUUCUUAACCAAGGUCCAACACUGCAUCCUCAUAUCUGCUCACGAGGAAACGCUCAUCCAUGUCCGUCAGUAUCAAGUCAUGGGGAGGUCCUCGCCGGCACUUUGUCAUCACUGUUUGAGGAAUCAUCCUCCUGAGAUUAGUUUGAAACCCCUUCCCCUCUGUGGUUUCUUGUAUUCGUGGCACGGCAGUGUUUUUUUUUUUUUUGGAGUGGUGCUAUCAUCACGUUAUAUAACAGUGAUGCAGGUAAACAGCACACCACCUGGUGGAGCGUUUAAGUGGAAGUGCUGUACUUUCCACCUUUCUCCAGCUCCACCUUUCAAUCAUUGGAUGUGUUGUGAUCAUUGAAAGCAGAGUGUAAAGUGGUUGAUAUUGUGUAGAUGUUCUGGAAAAAAAAAUGAUCCACUGAAUAAAAAAAGUGUUGAACAAACUCCUUCAGGAAUCAUUUGACGAUAUGCAUAUAAAGAAGAGUCCAAAUCCAGACCUCCACCCCCCCUUCCUGUGCUGUCUCAUGUUAGGUGAUCUGAUGAUGCAUGAUACUGUUGCAAAAAACAUGCACCAUUAAAAAAAAGUAUUCUCCUCUUCACUCGCAUUCAAUACUGGGAGCAUUUACUAUUUGCACUGCGCAGGAUUUCGUCAGACCUGUGGAUGAAGUCGAUUUCAUGUUUUAUUUGUAUCAGUUGGUUCCGGUAAUAUUCCCGCGCACAUUAUUUCAGAGCUGUUUGCCACUAAAACGGUUUCCUUUUGGGAUCUCAGACAUGUGAGGAAAAAAGUGGGAAUCAAAUAAACUGCUGUUUUUUUAUUUCAAUGUUUUUUUUCUCAGUUAAAGAGAACACCAAAGACCAUUUUCUUCUUAUGUCUAAUGUUUUUUUUUUUUUUUGAAUGUGUUUUACUUUAAUUUAGUUGCCUUAUGACUCUCAGCCAAUCAUAAACUGACAGGUCUUUGAUCAAAGCUCUAGAUUUGAUUUUCAUAUGUUUUUUUUUUAAAUGAUGUUUUUGCAUUUCAGUAAGUGUAUUUAACCAGUGAAAGCAACAACAUUGGCUCACAAGCAUCCAACUAUCAGCCCUUUUAAAGAAUAUAAGGAGAUUAUCUGAGUGUACCUAACAGCAGAGAAUGGGAACAGUCAUGUCUGUGUGUUUGACCGGGCCUGCUGCCACUGUUGUCUGCUGCCAGUGUCUCCCCCUGGAUCCACUCCAGUUUGUGUGCAGUGCUUUGUGGUGCACUCUCUUCCAGCUCGCCCCACUCUCCCAGGGAUACUGUUUACACCCUGUAGUAAAAAAAAAAAAAAAAAAGGAGGUCUAGAGUCCAAGGAGAGGAAGGCAGCUUCGAUGUGAAGGCUGUCUCAGACCCGUGGGACAGAGAUGCUUAUGCUUUACCCAGCCUCUCAGAACGAUGCUGGCCCAUAAAGCGAUGUGUGGCUCCAAAAUUACUUUUCAUGCAUUUAAAGUGAGAACCCAUUCUGUGAUUUUUUUUGUCUUCAUUUUUGGAAUCAGCCUUGUGCAGUUUUUGACCCACUUGUGGUUGUUUCUAAAGAAGUGACUCUGAAAUGCACAAAAAAA